AAAAAUAAAGGACUUUUUAUUAUUAAGGUGAUGGGAGGUUUUUGCAGUUAUUUUUUUCUCCCCUCUACACAUCUGAAGGGGAGAAAGAAAUGGGGAGGAGGAUGCAACAACUCCAGACAUGCACUGUGUUGGCUUGUGGCUGGCUGCCAGGUCCCUCAGCCAUGCUCUCACCUCCCCUCCUCAGCAGAGUGGAGAGAAAAUACCACAAAACAACUGAGAUAGAGACAGGGAGAUCACUCACCAGGCACCAUCAUGGAUAAAAGACAGAAAAUGAGGAAGAGAAAUUGCUUUCCAAUUAAAAACAGAGUAGGAUAAUGAGACACAAAACCAAAAUUAAAACCACUUUCUCUCCACUCAGCACUUUUGCCUAGGCUCAACUUGCUUGACUAUCCUACCUCCUCUCUCUGCAAGUGUUGCAGGGGGAUGGGGAAGGAAGACAGGUCAGUUUGUAAUGCUCUGUCCCUGCUGCCCCUUCCACCUCAUGCUCUGCCCCUGUUCACAGCUGAAGUUCCUGCUGGGAGCCUGCUCCUGUGUGGGAUCUCCAUGGGCUGCAGCGUCCUCAAGGGCAUGUCCAAUUGCUCCAGUGUGGGGUCCUCCACAGGCUGCAGGGUGGGUCUGCCUCAUCAUGGCCUGCACCACGGGCUGCAGGGGAAUCUCUGCUCUGGUGCCUGGAGCACCUCCUGCCCCUCCUCCUUCCCGGCCUUGGUGCCUGCAGGGCUGUGGCUCUCACAUCUUCUGGCUCCUCCCUCCCAGCUGCAGCUGUGCCACAGUGGAUUUGUCUUGGAGGCCUCUUGAGCCAGCUCUGCCUAAACAAUGUACAGAGGCCACCACUGCCCUCCUUGUUCCCCAAACCUGGCCUUGUAAACCCUCCACAUGUAUGCAUAAUGUGGAGGGAUAACGUGUAAACUUCCCCGUGGGAGCCUGUGCAGCAUCACGGUGAGCAUCACUGGAUCUCUGGGAUGUCCCUGUCAGUGCUGGUGAUGAAAGUGGAGAGACAGGUGCUCCCCAGAAACUGUGCAGGUGGGAGUAUCCGUCUAUUCCCGUCCAUUCCCGUCCAUCGGGUGCCCUGUGCAGCUGCACGUGGGGCAGACACCGCCCUGAGAAGGCUGUCGGGGGGACAAGGCAGCAGGGAUUUGGCCAGCCUUGCUCUGUGGGGUCUAUAAUGGGGAGCCAAAGUUUUAGGCCCCUUCUGGUACUCUGAGGCCUUGGGCAGCUGAGCUGUUUUCAUGGAUAUCGGGACACUGCAAGUGAACGAGGUACAUAAAAACCAGCCCGUGUGUCUCUCCCUCGGAUGGCUGUGGGAGCAACGGGGCACCUGGCAGCUGUGGUGAGGCUGUUUCCACGGCCCAUGAUGUCUUGGGAAUGAGACCUUGAUGGAGCUCAGAUCUGGGUGCCCUCAGCAGUGUUGUUUGAAGGCAGCAGUGCUGUGGCACCGCUUCCUUUGGGAGCACCAUGCGGCAGCUGGUGUUCAUGACGACGGCUGGGAUAAUCACCGGGCAGCGCCGGUGCAGGGCUCCAGGCAGUCCACGUGAAUGCCCUAGCGCAGGGCCGCCGCCAGCACAGCGGGUCGGGCUGCAGAGCGGACCCGCCGCCCCGCAGGAUGAGGCGGGCGAAGGCCCCGCGGGCCGCGGCGCGGAACCGCCGCCAUGCCGAGGGCUGAGGGGCCCCGGGGCGGUGACGUCACCGCGCGCCGGACCCCCGGCCGGCGGCGCCUGCGCGGUGGCGGCGCGGGAUGGGGAGCCCGGCGGGCGCUCCCGCCCAACGCGCGCGCUGCGAGGGACCCCGCGGCCCCGGCGGCGACCCGCGGCUGUGGGACACGGAGCGGCUCUGCCAGCACCUCUCCCGCUGCGGCGUGGGCGACCCCAGCCUGCUGCAACGCUUCCGAGAGAGCGGGGUCACCGGGAGGAUGCUGCUGGACCUGCCGGCCUGCGCCCCCGAGCUCAUCCGCGUCUGUUGCUGCUGCUCCAGCUCCAGGAACGACAGCGGCCCCAAUGUUUGACAGAGCGGGAGGUGCUGCUCAGGAGAGGCCGAGUGUCACCGUCUCCCUGGGAGAGAGAGAUCCAGGGCAUUGACAGCUGCCCAACUGAGCGACUGGAAGUACUGGAGUGCCUGAGGCAGCCACGACAGCAGCACAUGGAGGUGAUGAAGGUUUUUAAUGAUCCUAUCCACGGGCACAUUGAAUUCCAUCCGCUGCUGAUUCGGAUCAUUGACACCCCCCAGUUCCAGCGCCUCCGCUACAUCAAGCAGCUGGGUGGCACCUACUUUGUUUUCCCAGGAGCCUCUCACAACCGCUUUGAGCACUCCCUAGGGGUUGGCUACCUUGCAGGAUGUCUGGUUCGUACACUGAAGGACAGACAGCCAGACCUGGGUAUAACCCAGCGAGACAUCCUCUGUGUGGAAAUUGCUGGGCUUUGUCAUGAUUUAGGUCAUGGGCCAUUUUCACAUAUGUUUGAUGGAAGAUUUAUUCCACUCACUCGUCCAGAUUUGAAGUGGAAGCAUGAAACUGCUUCUGUUCAAAUGUUUGAGCAUUUGAUCACUUCCAAUAAACUAGAAGAAGUCAUGAGGUCAUAUGGGCUUGUCCUGGAAGAAGAUAUGUUGUUCAUCAAGGAGCAAAUAGGAGGGCCUGUAGAUGAAACUGCCUGUGUGAAAUCGUGGCCUUACCGUGGUCGACCAAAGGAGAAAAGUUUCCUCUAUGAGAUUGUAGCUAAUAAAAAAAAUGGCAUUGAUGUUGACAAGUGGGAUUAUUUUGCAAGGGAUUGCCAUCACCUGGGAAUCCCAAAUAAUUUUGACUAUAAGCGAUUGCUUGUCUUCACUCGGGUGUGUGAAGUGGAAAACCAGAAGCACAUCUGUACCCGUGACAAGGAAGUUGGAAAUUUGUACGAGAUGUUCCACACCCGGAACUGCCUGCACAGGAGAGCAUACCAGCAUAAGACUGGCAACAUCAUUGAAAUAAUGAUAACAGAAGCCUUCACGAAAGCAGACAGAUUUUUUGAAAUAAAAGGCUCUGGAGGAAAAGUGUAUCGGAUUUCUACAGCAAUGGAAGACAUGGAAGCCUAUGCUAAACUAACUGACUGUAUCUACCUGGGAAUUCUGCACUCAAGUGAUGAAAAUCUGAAGGAGGCACGAGAAAUUCUGCGUAGAGUGGAACGACGUGAAUUAUACAAAUUUUUAGGAGAGACUCGACCUAAAUCAAAGAAGGAAAUUGUAGAGAGUAACAGCCUGGCAGAAGGCAUUGCAAAUUCCAAGCCAAAGAAGGACCCUCCAGACGUGGAGCUAAAGGCUGAGAAUUUCAUAGUUGAUGUUGUCAGCAUGGAUUAUGGAAUGAAGGAACAGAAUCCAAUUGAUAAUGUUCACUUCUAUUGCAAGGCUGAUCCUUCCAAGGCAGUCAAAAUCACCCAAGAACAGGUUUCAAAGCUUUUACCCAGAACAUUUAUGGAGCAAGUUGUCCGGGUUUAUUACAAAAGUCAGGAUCCACUUAUUAUUUCAGCUGCAAAACAGUACUUUGUUCAGUGGUGUGUGCAGAAUGAUUUCACCAAACCACAGGAUGGUGAUGUUGUUGCUCCUCAUCUAAUUCCAAUGGAGGAAGCCUGGAAUAACAUGACAUCAUGAACACAGGAGAGAUGAGAACCCAGCUGCAAACAAAGGCUUUCUUUUGAUGAGUAACAGGUUUCUUUUUGGCACUAUUCAGUCUGCUUCCUCAGAAGAUGAGUCAAUUUGAGCAUCAGCUCUUCUAAAAGCUGGUUGGAUGGACUGGAGGAAUUCACAGCAAAAUGCAGAAUGCAUUUUACAGCACAGAAUGUUUUAAUGUAGAUACAUAUUCCAGAUGGACCUCUAAAAAACAACAUUGCAACAGAGUAAACUCAGUUCUCAUUUAGUUUUGAAUGUAUUGGCACUGUGUAGCAAGAGUAACUUUAAAAAUAGCAAUUCAUUUUUUUACAGGAUUUCACAACUCCGUCCAGCCCUGAUCCCUUCCUUGGCUGUGCUAUCCUAACCAGGUUUGAUGGGGUUUUCUUAGUGUCUAAGAAAGACAGGGAUAAGUAUGCUUCUGAAAAUGCAGUGGGGUAAAGAAGAAAUUGCCAAGGGUAGCAUCUUCUAGAAAAAAUAAUUUCAUUUAAAAAAAAAAAACAAAAGAAGGGAGAGGGGAAUAUUUUGGUAAUCAAAGAUUAUUUUUCUGCUAUUCAAAAAGCUGGUGCAGGCCUCUUGCUACAAGUGACCAUAAUUUUUAUUGAAGUAACAAUGCAUUGCAGUGCCAUGCAGCUUUUUAUUGUCUUAUGUAUUUUUGAUACAUGGAAUGUUAUCUUUUGUACUGUCUGUCCUGCAAAGACUGCUCAACAGGCCUGUGGUGUGAGUGGCUGCAGGAAGGCUGAGGUGUUUGCCAGGGCUCAGGUGUGCAGAGGGGGCAGUGCCAGCAGGUUCUGCCCUGCUCUGCCCAUCCUGCAGCAGGUGCACCUUGGCUCUGCUUUGCACUGCUGGGCAGAUAAACUCAUCAGGAAUCCCUCCAUUCUUGCAGCCCUGCCCUGUUCUCCUGGAUCUCAUGGCCAUCCCUGUGUCAUUUUUCUGUUUCUUGUAGAUCUGUGAGGGUUCUUACAGAUUUCCUCUGCUGGCAGUGCUGGUGUGAGUGUUCUGGAUGUCUGUGCUGUUGAACAAGAGGAAGAUCAUUUUCCUCCCAUCUUUUACUCAGGUCUAAGAGGAAGGCUGCUGCCAUUAAAUAAAACCUCAAAGCUUGGACACAAAACAAAAACCAUGAAGUAAAAGGUUCAGUAAUGCUCAGGAAUUGGAGCAGUCUGUGGCCUUAUAUCUGGGAUGGGGAGAGGGGUGUUGGGCAUCUGGCUCAGGCAUCAGGUGUGGGGAGUCCUGAAAAAUAACCAGUGGGAAGGUGCUGUGAGAGAAUCCUGAACUUCUGUCAUGUCUCCUUUGCCCUUUUAUCCUGGGAACUGAUGCUGCUAGACAGAGGGAGGGAAAAUGAGUAUCCAUGUAUUCCUGCUGCUUGUGGAUCUGUUGUACUCAUGUGUCUGAAGGUGUAACCUCUGCUGUUCCUGUCUAACAGUAUUUCAGGUGAACCAGGUAACUGGUUAGAAGGGCUUGUGACCUCUUUAAAAGCUUUUUAAAAACUUACUAUUCCUCAAGAAACAAUAUCUUACAGCAAAGGCAUUUAAGAUUAAGAAGAUCAAGUAUCAUUUUGAUAUAAUUUUGUUCUUGUUGAUUGAAUUUAUUUUUAAUUUGUUACUAACUGUGCACUUUAUACUUGGGAAAGAUCUUUUGCUUAUGUUAAACCAAAAGUUUAUACUUAAGUUCUGAGAGCAUUUAUUUUCUCAACAUGUUCAUCUGAGCCUCUCUGAAGAAUAAAUUUAUAAACAAUGA